GUUUGUCCUCUGUUUAGUUGCCUUCGUGUGGUGCCGAAAAAAUAAGCUCUUGUUUUCUGGCACAAAAAAUUCGUUUCGUAUCGGUUUAAAAACAACAUCGCAGAAUUCAAUGUGCAAAACAGUGGACCAAAGCGUUAAAUCAAAGAGAGGAAUCUGUUCAAGGAUACGGGGAGUGCGAUACAUCACAGCAUCGGCACCGAUUCCCCUGUGCCGUGGCAAAAGCCCAGCAGCAAGCUUCCCCGCCCCCAUUUUGGUUGUCAGUCUAAUGUAAACAAACCGUUGCCUGCCAUUAUUGCGGUCGGUCGCGGAGAACAAGAACAGACGGAGAGGGUUCUGCUGUUUCGGAGAACGGAAAACUCGGAAUUUUCUUCGGUUCCAGUGGUGUGUUGCCGGCCAUAGCCAUCGGCCCGCAUAGAUCUCGAUGGAUCUGACAAUCUACAGUGAUGUACCGAACGAGACCCCCGGGUCGUACUGUAGAUUUUGUUUCCGGGAGACAGAGCUGGUUCCUAUUUUUCAUCCGGCAACAUUAGAACCAGUCAAUCGACAGCUGCUCGACAUUAUCAUGGAGUGUACCGACAUCCAGCUGACGGCAAACAACGAUUUCCCAUCUUCAGCCUGUCAAAACUGCCUCCAAGUGCUGCAGGAAUUCUACCACUUCCGAAGGAGAACCAAGGAGUAUGAUCGUAUCAUCCGAACGAAACCAAUCGUUCGAGUUGAACCGGAGGUGUUGAUUGUCAAACAGGAGCCAUUAGAGGACGACACACUGGAAAGUGUCCGCCGGCAGUACUUGGCCGAUCAGCAGCAGCAACAACAGCGUCAGGACGAAGAAGAAACCGAGGACGCUGAUGAAGACGAGCAUGAUAUCGGAAGUGGUAGCAGUACGCUCACGGCAGAUGAAAUGCGUGAUGAAGAAUUUCAGCAUCCCAACUUGGAAGCCAUCUUCAAAUUUCGUACCAUAUCGACCGGUUCGAGUGGUUCCAAAUCAACGACAGCAACGGGACCUCCAAGCAGCCACUUGGAGGAUAACCGCUGCAUGGUGUGCGGCGAGAAGUUUACCACUCGCGAUUCGUGGAUGUCGCAUCUUCCGUUGCACGCCAGCGAAAGACCUUUUCAGUGUCAUAUUUGCCUGGCGCAGUUCAAAACAAAGUACGUACAACAGAAUCACAUCAAAACCGUACACGAGAAUAUUCGGAGCUACCAGUGCCAGGUGUGCACCGAUCCGAUCCGCCAGUUCAAAAGCAAGCGCACCCUGGAGGACCACAUGCGGUACCACACCGGCGAGCGGCCGUUCCUGUGCAGUUUAUGCAACGUUAGUUUCUCGUCCGGCAGUGUGCACCGGAAUCACAUGUACCGGGUGCACCGGGAAAUGCGCAAAAAAGACCGCAAGUGCAGUUACUGUGGGAAAGAGUUCGACCGGAUACUGGAUAUGAAGCGGCAUCAGACCAGCUACUGCGAGAAAAUCAUCGGACGGGCCAUGGCUGAGAGGCUUUAAGAACGGAACGCAGGAGAAGAAGGAACGAUUGAGCUAUAGCGAGAACGAGGGACAUUUUAGGAUAGUUCAAAGGGAAGCGAAGGAGAAAAUUAUAAAACUAUAUAAUAAACUUAUACCUACAUAUAUUAUAGAUUUAUAUAGUGCAUAGAGCUAACCCCACGUAAAACAAAGAUAAAAGAGUAUAGUUUUAACUAAUAAAGUAGAUUGUCGUCGAUGUAUCAAAAGCAUUAAGUGUUGAUUGCUUUGCAGAAAAAAAUAUAUCUUUUGUGUUAAGGAAAA